CUUCUUACAGAUGGAGACUAGAUGGUGCAGGGAGAGCACACUGCUUGUUGAGAGCACAGGAUGGGACUAAACCACUGAAGUUCCUCCGGGGGAUUCUCAGGUGCCUGAGUAGCCUACAGAAGGUGCUGCUUGAUCUCUGAGUCACUGUCUCACCUGUCUCGACCCCUGGCUCCUACCCCUCCUUGCGUUUGCUUUGGCAAGCAGGCCAGCCCAGAGCCACUUACUAUUUUAAUUCUGGAACAGUGCUGAAAUCAUCAUCCCUGCUCUCCUCUGUCAUCCAUCUCAAUGGGAAGUGAAAUACGUGACUGACUACUGUGGGGAUCCUCCCUGCUGUUUGCCUCUUGACCUUUGAACUGGCACCUGUGUGAACCUGUGUUCUAUCCUCAAGGUGACUCCGCUCUGAAUAUCUUUUUGGAUACAUUUUAGAAACAUUGUGGAGACAUUUUUGGAAACGUUCUGGAAACAUUGUUGACACGGUGUUAGGCCUCGCCUAGUUGUUGAUGUUUCGAUGCAAGCUGUUUGUCUGAGACUGAUAAAAGUUUUGUUUUAAGUCUAUUUAAAACUGACAACCUAAGCCAUAUCUCUUGGUUUGAGAGCACACUUUCUGAAAUAUUACACACACAUCUCAAGUUUCCUGUAUCUUGGUCCUGGAGGCUGAAGCUUGUGUCACCAUGGCGACGGUUUCUCCCAACCCCUCCCUGAGGUCCAGAGUUACCAUGACGACGGACAACGACUCCUACAUGAGCACGUCUAGCCUCCCCUGCUGCCACUUCCUGUCAGCUAACAUCAUCAUCAACGUGGUGGAGAAAUGCAUGAACUCCAUGCAGACGGGGACCCAGAUGGUGAAGCUCCGGGGCGGCUCCAGAGGACUGGUGCGCUACUUUUACCUGGACCAACACAAGUCCUGCAUCCGUUGGCGGCCCUCGCGCAAGAACGAGAAGGCCAAGAUCUCCAUCGACUCCAUCCGAGAGGUGUGCGAGGGUAAGCAGUCUGAGAUCUUCCAGCGCUACUCCGAGGGCAGCUUUGAUCCCAACUGCUGUUUCAGCCUGUACUAUGGGGAGCGCUUGGAGUCCCUGGACUUGGUCUCCAGUACGGGCGAGGAAGCACGCACCUGGAUCACCGGUCUCAAGUACCUGGUGGCGGGCAUCAGCGACGAGGACAGCCUGGCCAAGAGGCAGCGCACCCGUGACCAGUGGCUGAAGCAGACGUUUACGGAGGCAGAUAAGAACGGCGAUGGAAGCCUGAGCAUCAGCGAGGUCUUGCACCUCCUACACAAGCUGAACGUCAACCUGCCCCGCCAGAAAGUCAAGCAAAUGUUUAAGGAGGCAGACACUGAUGACAACCAGGGCACCCUGGGCUUUGAGGAGUUUUGUUCCUUCUACAAGAUGAUGUCGACACGCCGUGACCUCUACCUGCUCAUGCUCACCUACAGCAACCACAUGGACCACCUUGACACCAGCAACCUGGCCCGCUUCCUGGAGCUGGACCAGAAGAUGACGAAGGUGACCAAAGACCAUUGCAUUGAGAUUGUGAACAAAUUUGAGCCAUGCCCCGAGAACCAGAAGCAAGGGGUUCUGGGUAUUGAUGGUUUCACCAGCUACAUGCGCAGCCCGGAGGGGGACAUUUUCAACCCAGAGCACAACGUGGUGACCCAGGACAUGUCUCAGCCACUCUGCAACUACUUCAUCGCCUCGUCCCACAACACCUACCUGAUGGGGGACCAGCUCAUGUCCCAGUCCCGCCUCGACAUGUACGCCUGGGUGCUGCAGGCCGGCUGCCGCUGCGUGGAAGUGGACUGCUGGGACGGGCAGGACGGCGAGCCCAUCGUGCACCACGGCUAUACUCUCACCUCCAAGAUCCUCUUCAAAGACGUCAUCGAGACCAUCAACAAGUACGCCUUUGUGAAGAACGACUACCCAGUGAUCCUGUCCAUUGAGAACCACUGCAGCGUCCCCCAGCAGAAGAAGAUGGCCCAGUACCUGGUGGAGGUGAUGGGAGACAAGCUAGACCUCUCGGCCAUCAAGGCAGAUGAACGGGGCCGCCUGCCCUCCCCAGACAUCCUCAAAGGGAAGAUCCUCAUCAAGGGAAAGAAACUCCCGUCAAACAUUGACGAAGACAACGAAGAGGGUGACGUGACGGAUGAAGACAGCGCUGACGAGAUGGAGGACGACUGCAAACUGAUAAAUGGCGAUACGUCCAUGACCAGGAAGCAGGUGGAGAACGUGGCUAAGAAGAAGCUGGACAACCUGAUGAAGGAGUCUAAGAUCCGUGACCAGGAGGACCCCGACAGCUUCACCCUCGCUGCUCAGCCCCCAUCGGGAAAGACCACCGACAAGUCACCCUCCAAGGGUAAAGGUGAUGAUGGUGCAGAAAUAGGGGACGAAGCCAACCCCAGCACUAACAAGCGUCUGGGUAGGACCUUCAUGGGCAGCUUCUCUAAACGCAAGAAAAAGGCUGUCAAGCUGAAGAAGACCAACAGCCUUGAAGACAUCGACACAGACCAGGAGAGCACCAGCAGCGCCACCCGGGCCCCUCUGCAUCACAGCAGGAAGAAGACCAUGAAGCUGACCAGGGCUCUGUCAGACCUGGUCAAAUACACCAAGUCAGUGGGCGUCUCCGACAUAGAGAAACAAGUCGCCAGCUCCAGUUGGCAGGUGUCUUCUCUGAGCGAGACCAAGGCCCACCAGAUCAUGCAGCAGAAAGCUGACACCUUCAUCCACUUCAACCAGCGGCAGCUCUCGCGCGUCUACCCCUCCUCCUACCGUGUGGACUCUUCCAACUUCAAUCCCCAGCCCUUCUGGAAUGCUGGAUGCCACCUGGUGGCGUUGAACUACCAGUCAGAGGGGAGAGUUCUCCAGCUGAACAGAGCCAAGUUCAACAGCAACGGCAACUGUGGCUUCAUCCUGAAGCCGGCCUGUAUGUGUGAAGGUGCCUUUAACCCCAUGAUAGAGGAUCCAUUUCCAGGGCAGAUGAAGAAACAACUGGUGCUGAAGAUCAUCAGUGGGCAACAGCUACCGAAGCCCAAAGACUCUAUGCUGGGGGACAGAGGAGAGAUUAUCGACCCCUUUGUGGAGGUGGAGAUCAUUGGUCUACCAGUGGACUGCUGUAAGGAACAGACCAGGGUGGUGGAUGACAAUGGUUUUAACCCCAUGUGGGAGGAGACGCUGGUGUUCACGCUGCACAUGCCCGAGCUGGCGCUGGUACGUUUCCUGGUGUGGGACCAUGACCCGAUCGGCCAGGACUUCAUUGGCCAGCGCACCAUCGCCUUCAACAGCAUGAUACCAGGUUAUCGCCACGUGUAUUUGGAAGGAAUGGAGGCAGCCUCCAUCUUUGUUCAUGUGUCUGUACAUGACAUCACUGGUAAGGGCAAGGUGUCCAGCGGCAUCAAAGGGCUGUUUCACAGAAACCCAAAGCAGGCUUCUCUCGACAGCCAUGCUGCUGCACAGCUUAGUCAUAAGCACACGUUCGGCGCCCACCUGCUGCGCCGCACGGCCAGCGCGCCCACCAAGGUCCUGCCCAAGGUCAAGGAGGGUUUCCCCGAGAUCGCCACCGACACCAAAGACUACCGCUCAGAAGGCACCAGCGAGGACCGGGAGUUAGAGGACAGCCACCUCAUUGCUUCCUCCCAGCCCCCGCUGCUCCACCAGGGCACCUGGGACACCACGGCCGCCGUUGCCCCCGCCGCAUCACGCCAAGGCACCAACAGGCACCAUGGCACCAACGAGGCUUUCCACCCCGACGAGGGCAAAGACCCUUCCACAGUGCAGAGACCAGCUCCCCCUAUUCGACUGCUCGCACCAAUCGCUGAUGAACUGGGGGACAGCCAUCUCACUCACUCCUCUUCCACUCCAGCAGACCACUCAUCCACACGUCAUUCCCCACCUCCACCGCUCCCUAUAUCCACAGCAAUCACCAUCUUCACCUCAUCCCCGGCUUCUAAGAGUGAGGCGGACAGUCCCGUCAAUGGUAGGGGGGAGGAGGGUCCCGUCAAUGGUAGGGGGGAGGAGGGUCCCGUCAACGGUAGGGGGGAGGAGGGUCCCAUCAACGGUAGGGGGGAGGAGGGUCCCGUUAACGGUAGGGGGGAGGAGGGUCCCGUUAACGGUAGGGGGGAGGAGGGUCCCGUUAACGGUAGAGGGGACAACAAGAGACCACUUGCCCUUCACAGCACUACCUCGGCCCCUGUGACACAUGACCACAAAGACCUGAAACCCUCACAGUGCAGCGGAGACCCCCGGUUCGAUGAUGGCACCUCGUCACCAGUGGGGCACUCUGCAUGCCGAGUGGAAGCACCGUAUACUCAGUCAGGCCACACAAAGGACGAUGCUGAACUCAAGACUGAGCUAAGUGCAAAGUCCCCUGUUCCUCUCGCCAACCCCUCUGUUGACGCCAGCCCUCUGAAAGUCCAGGCCCUGAGAGCUCUGUUUGGCAGCAGCCCAUUGAACACGCCUGUCAGAAGGACCAAAAUGGAGGGCCACGUGCAGGAGGUGGCUGGGGGGCAGCAGCCGUCAUCAGCCAUGCCAGAGAUGUGCACCGACGCCACCCUGAACGACCGGCUGUGGAGCAAGCUGGAGCCCAAGCCAGGCAGCCACAGAGACAGCGUGUCCUCAUCCUCCAGCAUAUCGUCCAACGACACCGUCAUUGACCUGUCUCUGCCCAAUCUGGCCAGGAAGAGCCUCACCUGUCAGAGCAACGGAACCUCCCCGGGCGACAUCUUUCCGGACCCACCCUCCUGGGUCAACCGGCCAUGCUCUGCCAUAGCCUCCUUCGAGGCGCUGCAGGUCAGCAAGAGCAAGUCCAACCCCAACCUCCUGCAGGGCCACCUGGGGGAACCAGAAGACAAACUGCAACCCAGGCCCCUCUGCGCCCCCAGGGAGCCUCCAGUGGAGUCACCCAGCAGAAUAACCCAGAGGAGGCACACCUGGAGCCGCCUCUACAUGGAAGGGCUGAAGCAUUCCUCCCCCCCAGCCAAGAAGCCCUCUGCUGCCGCAACCAGCCCCCGGGAUACCGUGGCCUCUAUGUCUAAGAGCCUGGGGGACUUGACCUCGGAUGACAUUACCUGCAACUUUGACAGCAAGUACCGCAGCAUCACCCGCAGCUUCAUCAUUAGGCCUUCCCAGAACGACCUGCAGCAGGGUUACCCUAACCAUAAUCCCCAGAGGCCCCGGCUGCCCAGCGACCUAACUGAGCAGCUGAGGAGGCUGACGGACGUGGAGCCCCUGACAGCUCGCGACUUUGCCCCCCAGGUGCGCCAGGGGCCCCUGGAGGAGCCCCCGCUACGGAGGACGUCGUCCCGGAGCCAGAGCAGGGUGCGCUACAUCGCCAACAGGGCCAAGCAGGCCCAAGAGAGGCAGAGGCUGCAGUGUCUCAACCAGUCCCACCCUGCUACUGGCGCUGCUAACGCUAGCAUUAGCGGUGGCGGUAGCCCCAUGGAGGAGCGGGGGAACCCGGAGGGGGCGUGUUGCGUAGCCCGGAGCCCCUGCGCUAGCCUAGAUCUGCUGAGCCAGCUCAGCACCCCAGGGCCCCCCAACAGACAGUCCCAGACCUCCUUGAACUCUGACAACAACGAGGUCUUUUUCAUGCUCAAGCUCUGAGAAUCAGACUCCUUUUGGAACUGAGCGUGAGAGAGACAUAGAAGCAUAACUCAUUUAAAAUUCCAUCCAGCUUUCCAGGAAGGUAAAUUGUAAUUUUUAAAGGAAUGACAUUCUGUAUAUCUUGAUAGGAUGUGUUUUUAAAUGUAUUUAAUCAAGGAGAAUCAUGCUACUUCCAGACAGUCACAAGCACAGUUUUACUCUGAUGAAAGUGUUCAGUAACUCAGAUUAACUAUGAACACCUAUACACAGCAAAUGCCUAGCAGGUCACAAAAGAUGGACUCGUCAUUUUUACCACAAUGGUCACAACAAACACCAAAUAAUUGCUCAGAAAUAAUAGAAACAGCAAUUAGUUGUAUAAUGAAAGCAUUCUUUACCAAUGCACUCAUUUGUUUGCACCAAAUGAGGAAUGGUGGAAUGUGAUUGGAUAAGCAAUGCCUGCCCAACUGUCUAGGUACACAGUGACUUCCAUGUUUGUAUAUACCUGACUGUCUAGGUACACAGUGACUUCCAUGUUUGUAUAUGCCUGACUGUCUAGGUACACAGUGACUUCCAUGUUUGUAUAUGCCUGACUGUCUAGGUACACAGUGACUUCCAUGUUUGUAUAUGCCUGACUGUCUAGGUACACAGUGACUUCCAUGUUUGUAUAUGCCUGACUGUCUAGGUACACAGUGACUUCCAUGUUUGUAUAUGCCUGACUGUCUAGGUACACAGUGACUUCCAUGUUUGUAUAUGCCUGACUGUCUAGGUACACAGUGACUUCCAUGUUUGUAUAUACCUGACUGUCUAGGUACACAGUGACUUCCAUGUUUGUAUAUGCCUGACUGUCUAGGUACACAGUGAAGGCCCAUGUUUGUAUAUGCCUGACUGUCUAGGUACACAGUGACUUCCAUGUUUGUAUAUGCCUGACUGUCUAGGUACACAGUGACUUCCAUGUUUGUAUAUGCCUGACUGUCUAGGUACACAGUGACUUCCAUGUUUGUAUAUACCUGACUGUCUAGGUACACAGUGAAGGCCCAUGUUUGUAUAUGCCUGACUGUCUAGGUACACAGUGACUUCCAUGUUUGUAUAUACCUGACUGUCUAGGUACACAGUGACUUCCAUGUUUGUAUAUACCUGACUGUCUAGGUACACAGUGAAGGUCCAUGUUUGUAUAUACCUGACUGUCUAGGUACACAGUGACUUCCAUGUUUGUAUAUACCUGACUGUCUAGGUACACAGUGACUUCCAUGUUUGUAUAUACCUGACUGUCUAGGUACACAGUGAAGGCCCAUGUUUGUAUAUACCUGACUGUCUAGGUUCAAAGACUUUUAUGUUUCGAGUAUUCAUUGUGAGUUGAGCUGAUCCUAAAGUAGCAAUAGACGACCAUUAGUGGAGUUUUACAAUUCUAAAACCCUUUUUAAACUUCACAUUUUAACGAUAUGUAUAUACUGUACUUUUAAAAUGUGUAGAGAUGUUUUUUUUUAUUUUAUAUUUAUUGAGCCAGUAGUUCUGAAAGUAGCGCUCAUGAGACAAAACUGGUCCUCGAAAAUUGCGUACUACGACACGUGCAGGUAUGUACAUCACAUCUUAGCUUUCUCUUUUCCUCUGCUUUGUGUGUAUCUUGCUAGCUGUCACUCAAACGGCGAGGGGCUGAAGCUCAUUGGCUUGAACUUGAAUUGCUAGGGGGCUGACCCAUGUGGGGGAGAAUGUAGGGAAAAUGGCACCUCUCACCUUCCAGCUUUCAAACUACAGAUUCCGUGGCUAAUUUGAGGUUAGACAGUAAUUAUUCUCAUAGAUUCUGCAUGUAUGAUUUACAUGUUGACACAUCCAGCCCAAAGCGGGAGGUUCAUAAAAUACUUACUAGUCGCCAAAGUUCUUGAGCAUGUCUUUGAAUUGAAUAAUAAUCUGGGUUAACUCAUUAUAUAUCACCAGUGGCCCAGCCAUGUGCUAGAAAUAUUUGUAAACAACGUAAACAAGUGUAAUAUAUUGCAGAUUAUGGAUUUAAAAAAAAAAGAUUGUUGUUUAGUCAAUGUGGAGACUUUACUGAAAAGGAUAAGAGUAAAUGGCAACAAUAAUUAUUAUUUUUCCUAAAAAGUCUUAAAUAGAACUUUUUAAAUUUUGUGAGUACAGUGAAGUGUGAUUUGAGUGAGCUGCCAGUGAUUUGUAAAGCUGUACCAUACAAGUUAUUCUACUUCAAGACUCUACUCCUGCUACCUGUUUUAUUUGACUGCAUGUUUUUAAAACACUGUUAUAGACGUCUCUCUUAUUUUAUUAUACCAAAAAAAAAGCGUUUUUUAUAUGGGGAACUGACUUGUCGACGACUUCUUGUCUUGCUCAGUGUUCAGGCUGUUGAAUGAUGAUUGGUUACAUUGUCUUUGUAGAUACUCAACCAGAUGGCAUUGACCCCGUUUCCAAGCAUGUUUAGUUGCAGUUUGCACUGCCAUGCCAGUUCUCCACAAAACUUUUAGGAUCAAUAUUGAAGUAAAAAACAGAUGUAAUUAUGAACUGAAUAAAUCUCUCUUGUAUAUUUAACAAGCUUAUUUUGUUAAU